AUCUCCGCCCCUCUCCGACCUCGCAUUCCUCAGAUUCCCACACUCAAAGCUCAUCUGCCUUUUACUUCACCUCUUAGCGAUACCCUUUCAAGAACUAAGAGAAAAGUGAGCUUUUUGUGGUAACGCAAAAACUAAAACAGUUGCUGUCUGUCCGCCUGGCAAAAAUGAGUGGAAUGGAUCGGAAUACAUUCAUUACAAACUACAGAGCAGAAGAUGUGGAAAAACUGACACUGCGGAUGAAAAAUGGUCUUGGCAGCUCAAAGUACAAACCGGCUGAAUACCAAAAACUACAAGCCAUUGUUGAUGCCAAGCGCCUGGAGUCUGAUCUAAUUGGAUUAAAGGUUCAGAAGACGCGUUGUGCAGCCAAGGCGACCAAGGACAGCUCCGUAUUACGGCAGCACAGACAGGUGUGGAGCAGAGAGUGCCCCAGGCUGCAAAAGGCUGAGGAGAAGGCUGAGAAUGACAUCAAGGAUUUUCUUCAACAGCUCAGGCCAAACGGUAGAACAGACACUGCCAUCUUCUCCCUUCAAGAUUUUGGGCUGCUGCUGGAGAGGGAGCGUGAGGCGUUCAGGAAAGCCACGGUGGAGCCUGUUCUUCAGCUCAAGGACGACCUGCGCUUCAGACUGGGUGAAGCACAAAGUCAGGAUCUCACCGCGAAUCAAUCCGACUGGGAAGAAGUUAAACAACAGAUACACUUUGUGAAGGACCAGCAAGAUGAAAUAACUGCAAAACUCAAUUCAGAGUACCAGAUUUUGGAGGAGGAGAUAAUUGGCUGUGGCUUAGAGAAAUAUCUCACUAGUACUUCAGUUGAUCUGGUGAUCAUAGGAAGCUGUCCAGAGGAAGUGUUGGAGUCAGACUGCCCUUACCCAGAGCUGAAGGACGCCCUGAUCCAGGCCUUUCACUCACUAUCAGAAAGAUACCAGAGCAGGCUGCAGGAUCUCCAAGAUCAACUGCAGACAACUGACAGGUUCUGUGGCUGGUGUGCAGAUGACCACCAACGCUUCCUGUUCACUCUGUCUCAGUACACUCAGGACCAAUCAAACCACAGAGCUCUCUACAUGGACCUGCUGCAAAGACUGUUCCUGGAGAAAACUAAACAAGAGCUGAUGGAGCAUGAGCGUGUGUGGGACUGGCAGCGCUUGACCCAGGGUCAGCUGAGGGUGGUGACCCAGCAGUGUGAGCGGGAUCAGGAGGAGCUGCUGGCCAGAGCCCUGGUCACCCUGCAGGAGGCGAGGCAUGCCCACCAGGAGGAGCUGAAGCUCCACAGAGGCCGCCAGCACCAGCAGGACAUCUGCUCGCAGCUCAGAGAGAAGCUGCAGCAGUGGCGGGCCCAGCAGGAGGAGGCGGCCAAGCUGGAGGCUGCUAUAGCUGCUAGACAACAAGAGGAGGAAGAGGCGAGGCUGAGGAGGGAGCAGGAGAAGGAGGCUGCCGUCAGAUCACACCACAAAGAAAAAGUCAGGCAGUUUUAUUUACAGCAGCAGAAGAGGAGGGAGACGCUGGCGCAGAGGGAUCAAGAGAGACUCGCUAAUCUCAGGAGCCUCAUGGAGGAGCAGGCCAGGCGAGAUAAAGACAGGGUGCAGUAUCGGGCCGAGAUGCUGCAGCGGCGCAAGGAGGAGACGGAGGCGCGGGAGCUGGAGCGGCAGAGAGAAGAAGAAGAAAAGCAGAAACGUUUGGAAGUUCUCAGAAACCAGGUUGGGGUGGUGGCAGAGGCAGACCCGGAGAGGAUGAUGGCAGAUACAGAGGCUUGGAGGAGUCGACAGCUGAAUGUAAAGGAGUUUGAACUCCAAAGACCUCUCUAUAUUAUACACACGUACACAGACACACAGAUUGUGUCUGAUCCCAGAGUGCGUGUUGAGCAGGCUCUGAGGGAGGCCGGUCUGCAACACAGCCAGUACGCCAAAGACGUGCUGUCUGUUCUCACACCCCCCAAACCCCCGAGACGAGAUACACAAUCAGAUCUCAAAUUCUGACUUUGUUUGGGAUCACAUUGUGAAGUCCAACCCUUGUUCUGGUAUUGAGCGUGACAUUAAAUGUGAGUAAUAUAUUUAAAUAAGCUGUAUGUGUAUUUACAGUUGGACAAAUCACACCCUUUGGUAGAGCAGCUGCUGUGAGUGAAUCAGGUGACACGGUGCAAUUAUUGU